AUGCCAGUGACCCGUUCACAAAGCGGAAUAGCUGCGUCGGCGCCCCGCGAAGAGGACCGACCGUCCGUCGAGGAGACAGCGGAUCUCACAGUACCUGCGUCCCGCCCGUCGUCCCCGCUGCGACACGAAGACCCGCCGAAGUCUCCGUCGGUGCCGGUUACUACACAAGCCGCGCCGACGAGGGCGAAAUCCAGGAGCGCAUCAAGUAAGGCGGAAAAGGCGAAGAAACUCGCCCGCGCCGCCGAAGAAAUAGCAAAGCGCAAGCUGGAGCUCGCCAUCGCCCGGAUGAGGGUUCUCGAAGCGGAAUCGGAGGACGACACGGACAACGAGUCUGAGGGUGCACAGGAGAGAGUGACAUCGUGGCUGGAGAAUCAGCGUGCGGAAGAGGGCCACAUAGACAACCAGCCUCUUCUGCCGCCUUCGUUACCGGCGGGAGCACUUAUAGCUUCGCAAGCCCCGCCGCCACCACGUAACACAGCACCCGAAGACAACAUAGAAGUCAUCGAGCAACCGUCGGGGAAUAUAGUACCGUGCUCGUCAUCGGCGUGCCCCAAGCCGCCGAAAGAUUCCCCCCUGCCCCGCGUCGAAGCAUCGAAAACAGCGGCACCACCGACGCCGGGGCACAUAGCAUCGCACACAGCAUCGCAGCCAAUGAAUAGCGAGAUAGCGCAGCUCACCUCAGCUAUCACCGCGGCCGUGAACAGCGCCGCGGCGAACAGAAGCUCGAAGUACCUGGGGGAGCUGCCCUUCUUCAACGGAGCCUACAGUGAAUGGCUCGCCUUUCGGUCGGCCUACAUGGAGACGGAGCGCCACCUGACCACGGCUGAAAACGCGGCAAGGCUUCGAAGAGCCCUGAAGGGAAAGGCCAAGGAAGCCGUGACCAGCCUCCUAAUAGCGAACGCUCCGUCGGACGUCAUCAUGAAGACCCUGGAGGAUCGAUUCGGCCGACCGGACACUAUAGCGAUCGCCGAACUAGACAAGCUGCGCAACCUUCCCAGGACAAGCGACGCCCCGAGGGACAUCUGCCUGUUCGCUAACAAAAUAGCGAACAGCGUCGCCACACUUCGGCUCCUGGGAAAGGAUAGAUACUUGUAUAGCCCAGAGAUAAUAAAAAACAUAGUGGAAAAGCUUCCGUCGACCACCAAAUACCGCUGGUUCGACUACGUCGAAACCAUAGAGACCGAGAAGAAAAACGAACCGGAGCUGCUGCAAUUCUGCGAAUUUAUAGAGAAGGAAGCCAGAAGAUGCGCGAGAUAUGCCGCUCCGGAGCCAAUAACAGAGGAGAGCACGCCGCCUUAUCGAAAACAGCGAGCACACCACACACGAGUGGAAGGCGAGAAGAGGACAGAAGAAAGGCCGUGCCUCCUCUGCAAACAACUCGGUCAUCCUCCGGCCAAGUGCGAAAAAUUGCUGCAAGCGUCGACGGAAGACAGAUGGACCAUAGCAAAGGAAAGCAAACUUUGCUUCCGAUGCCUGCGCUAUAAAACGAUGUCUCACAAGUGCGACUUCCGGACCUGCAAGACGGAUGGGUGUGCUAGAAGUCAUCACCCGCUGCUGCAUUUCGACAAACCGAAAGAAGUCGAAAAAGAAAAGGUCACAUCGACGUGUGAAAAUAGAAGAGCCCACACCUAUCUAAAGAUAGUGCCAGUUCGGGUCACCGGUUCGAAGAGCUCCGCCGACACCUUCGCCCUCCUGGACGACGGGUCAACCGUCACCUUACUGGACUCCAAUAUAGCGAGGAAAAUCGGCGCCAAAGGACGCAUCGAUCCCCUUGAAAUAGAAACCCUGGCGCCGAAGAACCUCAAGUCCGAAUCGUCUCGUCGAGUCACCGUCCAGCUAAGGGGCAGCGGAGAGGCUCACGAAAUAGAGGCCCGAACCAUCGACGACCUCAAGCUAUCGCCGCAGGUCGUCCAGCGAGAAACAGUGUGGGCCUGUGACCACCUCAAAGACCUGGAAGAGAAUUUUUCUUAUCGAGAGAUGCAGCCGACCAUCCUCAUAGGCCAGGACAACUGGCACCUCCUAGUCGCGUCCGAAAUUAGAAGAGGCGAACGUCGCCAACCCGCAGCAUCGAAGACACCUCUGGGCUGGGUCCUCCACGGCACCGACUCGCGCACCCUUGGACACCAGGUCAACUUUGUCAACCACCUGGUAGAAGAUAGAAUGGACGACAUGCUGAGGCAUCACUUCUCCAUCGAGUCCAUGGGCAUAGAGGAGAAGAAGCCGCAGUCCGAUCCAGAGCAAAGAGCCCUCGAUAUCUUAAAUAGAAGCACGCAAAAAGUCGGGGGCCGGUUCGAAACAGGGAUGCUCUGGAAGAAAGAGGACUGCGUGAUGCCUAACAACUACGACAACGCACUAAGAAGGCUGCACAGCACGGAAAAACGUAUCGACAAGGAUCCAGAGCUGCGAAAAAAGUACGCGGAACUCAUGGCGGCCCUAAUAGAAAAGGGGUACGCCGAAAAGGCACCAACACAUAAAACGCCGGGAAAAACAUGGUACCUGCCGCACUUUCCCGUGCUCAAUCCGAGAAAACCGGGGAAAGUUCGAAUAGUCCACGAUGCUGCAGCGAAGACGAAGGGAGUCUCCCUCAAUGACUACCUUCUCACUGGGCCGGAUUUGCUGCAGUCACUCCCCGGGACUCUCAUGAGGUUCCGACAACAUCGCAUAGCAGUAACGGCCGACAUAGCAGAGAUGUUUAUGCGCAUCGGCAUCAAGGAGGACGACAGAGACGCGCUGAGAUACCUCUGGCGCGAAGAUCGACGCGACGGCCCUCCGGACGAAUACAGGAUGAUGUCCCUCAUCUUCGGUGCAACCAGCUCUCCAGCGACGGCGAUCUUCGUGAAAGAUCUAAACGCUCGACAACACGAGAAGGAGUACCCAGCAGCAGCCGCGGCCAUAGUCCAGGCCCACUACAUGGACGACUACCUGCACAGCUUCCAAACAGAAGAGGAAGCUAUAGCGAUCUCGAAGCAGGUCCAAGACGUCCAUCGGAAGGGCAACUUCCACCUUCGCGGCUGGGUCUCCAACUCACAGAACGUCACACGAAGCCUCGACAAAGAACAAGCCGAGAAGGCUCAAGUCGCGCUGGACGACGGCACGAAGACAGAAAAGGUCUUGGGACUCGUAUGGGAGCCGCAACGGGACGAGCUCGCCUUCAACCUUAACUUCGAGCGAAUUCCUCCACACCUGCUGCAAAAGAACGCGCCCACGAAGAGGGAAAUCCUCAAAAUAGUGAUGUCGGUAUACGACCCUCUGGGCCUGGCCUCUCCAGUCACCAUCCAAGCCAAGAGGCUCAUACAAGAGGUCUGGCGCAGAGGCAUAGACUGGGACGUUCGAGUCGACGACGAUCUAGCCGAGCAGUGGACGGAAUGGCUAGACCUACUACAGAGGUUGAAGGCGAUCAAAAUACCAAGGGCCUACGCAGCAUAUAGUGAAGCUUCGUCACUCCAGCUCCACAUCUUCGUGGACGCCAGCAGCACAGCAUACGCCAGCGCGCUGUACUGGAGAUCGGAGACAGAAGACGGCCGUGUACGUGUCUCUCUCGUCACGGCCAAAGCACGUGUGGCACCCGUCAGGGUAACAUCGAUCCCUCGCCUGGAGCUUCAGGGAGCCGUCCUAGGAGCAAGGAUGGCACAGACGGUCACAGAUGAACACGAGAGGAAGCCGGACGCCCGCUUCUUCUGGACAGAUAGCAAGACCGUCCUGGCCUGGCUCAAGAACGGAUCCCGAAGCUACAAGCCCUACGUCGCCCAUCGUAUCGCGGCCAUAGAAGACCUGACCACCUUAAACGAAUGGAGGUGGCUGCCCUCGAAGCUCAACGUAGCCGACGACGCAACGAGGAGCGCCCCGCCUGACUUCGGUACAGAGCAUCGGUGGUACAGAGGUCCUGAAUUCCUGUACGAGAACAGCUCUACAUGGCCGGCGGAACGCAUCAUAGAAGAGAAGGAAACGGGCGAGGAGAGGACUCAUCACGUCACAUCAAAGCCGCCGUCAAUCAGCCAAGUGAUACCGGACGCCACACGUUUCUCCAGUUGGGAAAAGUACCUACGUGCCACAGCCCGGGUACUACAGUUCGUGAAGAAAAUGAAGCCCAAAAAAGAGAUAGUGAAUUAUAGAAGAGGCAAGAAGAAAAAUAAUAGUGAUCCCGACUGGAGAAAACAGAAGAAAACGACGCAAAACUCAAAACAGAAAACACGGAUCGAAACGGAAAAGCGAAAAUUCGUCCCCAUAGAGGCCGAUUUAAUCUGGGAGGCCGAAAAAUUAAUAGUUCGCUCAAUCCAACAAGAAACAUUCGAAGAAGAAAUAAAACUGUUAAACAGUGGAAAGCCCGUGCCGAACAAUAGCCGCCUUCGACAACUGUCCGUUCGAGUAGAAGACGGCAUACUUCGAAUAAGAAGCCGAAUCAACGCGGUCGACGGGGUAACAGAAAAUCAGAAGUCUCCAGCUAUAAUAGACGGCGACCACCCGGCGGUGCGGCUCUGGAUAGAACACACGCAUCGUCGCCUGCAGCACGCCGGGGUCGAGACCACGGUGAACGAGUGCAGACAGCACUACUGGGUACUCCGGCUGCGCCCCUCUGUGCGCUCCAUCGUUAAGGGCUGCCUGCCCUGCCGAAUACGGCGGGAGGCCCCUCCAUCGCCGGCCACGGGAGACCAUCCACCCUCCCGCUUGGCCCAUCACCAGAGGCCGUUCACCAACACCGGCGUGGACUACUUCGGCCCAGUCAGCGUCACAGUGGGGAAGCAGCACCAUAAGAGGUACGUCGCCCUGUUCACGUGCCUCACUACAAGGGCCGUGCACCUAGAGCUGGCGGCGUCCCUAUCGACCGACUCCGCGAUACUGGCUCUUCGAAGGCUCAUCGCACGCCGCGGGUGUCCGACCGUAAUAUUCUCGGACAACGGCACCAACUUCCACGGGGCGGACGCGGAAUUACGACGCGCCGCCAUAGAAGCGAUGAGCCAGGAAGCCGACGUUCGGGCCAUCAAGUGGAGAUUCAUCCCUCCCGGCGCUCCGUUCAUGGGAGGAGCGUGGGAGCGCCUCGUAAAGUCCGUAAAGAUAGCGCUCUCCGCCGUGCUGCACGAGCGCCAUCCAUCCGAAGAGGUCCUCAGCACCCUGCUCGCGGAGGCGGAAUACACAGUGAACAGCCGCCCCCUCACGCACGUGUCAGUCCAGCCCGAAGACGACGAAGCCCUCACGCCCAACCACUUCCUCCUGGGUGGGUCAGCGCGGGUACCAACGCCCGGCAAGUUCGACGACGCUGACCUCAUCACCCGCUCCAACUGGCGGGCCUCGCAGCGCCUGGCAGACAUGUUCUGGGCGCGCUGGGUCCGAGAGUACCUGCCGGAACUCCAACACCGGCGGGAGCCUCGCGGAAGCGGGAGGACCAUCAAGGAGGGCGACGUCGUGCUGAUAGUGGACAGCAACCUCCCGAGGAAUACCUGGCCCCGGGGGAUAGUCAUCGCCACAUACCCGGGACAAGAUGGCGCGGUUCGAGUGGUGGACGUGAGGACCAAAGGAGGAGUACUUCGGCGACCGACGAAGCGGCUGGUGAUCCUGUCGACAUAG